AUGUCUCCAACAAAUGAAAUUAGCCAACAUUUUGAAACUCUCCAACUUCACGCAGGUCAAGUUCCUGAUCCUACCACUAAUGCUAGUGCAGUUCCAAUCUAUGCGAGUGCUUCCUUUGUAUUCAAAAGUGUAGAAGAACUUUGCCAACUUUAUAAUCAUCAAAAACAAGGAAGUACUUAUUCUAGAACUAGUAAUCCUACAGUUGUUCUUGAAGGAGGUAUAGCGGCACUUGCAACUUCUUCUGGUAUAGCAGCACAAUUUAUGGCAAUUGCAACAAUUUGCGUUGCUGGUGAUAAUAUAAUAUCAUCAUCAUAUCUUUACGGUGGUACUUAUAGUCAAUUUAAGGUUACGCUUCCGCGUUUAGGAAUUAACGUGAAAUUUGUUGAUGGUGAUGACCUGGAAGAAUUUGCAAAUUCAAUUGACGAGAAGACAAAAGCUAUCUAUGUUGAAACUAUGAGUAAUCCAAGGUUUAAUAUUCCAGACUUGGAAGCAAUUUCCAAAAUUGCUCAUGAUGCUGGAAUACCCCUUAUAGUUGAUAAUACUUUGGGAGCAGGCGGAUAUCUUAUUCAACCAAUUAAAUUUGGCGUAGAUAUUGUUGUUCAUUCAAGUACAAAAUGGAUUGGUGGACAUGGUACAACAGUGGGUGGAGUGAUAAUUGAUAGCGGAAAAUUUCCAUGGAAUAAUGGGAAAUUUCCCGAUUUCACAAAACAAUCUCCUAAUGGUUUUAGUUGGGGGAAAUUUGGUCCGUUGGCAUUCAUUACUAAAGCUAGGAUGGAAGUUUUAGCUGAUAUUGGUGCUUGUCAAAAUCCAUUUGGUAGUUUUUUGACAUUGCAAGGCAUUGAAACACUAUCAUUACGUGUGGAUAGACAAGCUGAAAAUUCAAUGAAAUUGGCUAGAUGGUUAGAAAGUCAUGAAUUAGUUUCAUGGGUAUCAUACCCUGGUCUUGAGUCUCAUGCGUAUCACAAAAACGCAAAAAAAUAUAUGAGAAAUGGAUUUGGUUGCGUGUUAGCAUUUGGCAUAAAAGGUGGAUAUGAUCCAUCUGUAGUAUUUAUUGAUUCAGUCAAACUUGUUAGCCAUUUAGCAAAUAUAGGUGAUGCUAAAACUCUUAUAAUUAACUCCGCGAUCUCUACACACAAUCGACUCACUGAAGAAGAAAGAUUAAAAACCGGUACACCGAUUGAUCUAAUUCGUGUUUCAGUUGGCUAUGAACAUAUUGAUGAUAUCAAAGCUGACUUUGAGCAAGCUUUUGAAAAAGUGAAAGAAGCAAUGUUUUCAGAUUAA